CCGCCUCGCCUUCAGCCUCCGCCCGCGCUUUGCUCGCAUCCCCGCGUCCUCCUCUGCGCCCGGGAGCCGCAGGCCGCCAGCGACAGCGCCAGCCAGAAGUGAAGAAGUUUACUGGAGUGAAAUGGAGGCCUCAGUAAUAUUACCCAUUCUGAAGAAAAAACUAGCCUUUCUUUCAGGAGGAAAGGACAGACGGAGUGGCCUCAUUCUGACUAUCCCACUGUGUCUGGAACAGACAAAUACGGAUGAGCUGAGUGUCACCUUAGACUAUCUACUUAGCAUUCCAAGUGAAAAGUGUAAGGCUAGAGGAUUUACUGUGAUAGUGGAUGGCAGAAAAUCACAAUGGAAUGUGGUGAAAACAGUAGUCUUAAUGCUACAGAAUGUUGUUCCAGCUGAGGUGUCCCUUGUUUGUGUAGUGAAGCCAGAUGAAUUCUGGGAUAAAAAAGUAACACAUUUUUGUUUUUGGAAAGAAAAAGAUAGACUUGGCUUUGAGGUUAUUUUAGUGUCUGCCAAUAAAUUGACUCGUUAUAUAGAACCAUGCCAGUUAACAGAAGAUUUUGGUGGGAGUCUUACCUAUGAUCACAUGGACUGGUUAAAUAAGAGGCUGGUUUUUGAGAAAUUUACAAAGGAAUCUACAUCAUUAUUAGAUGAACUUGCCUUGAUUAACAAUGGAAGUGAGAAAGGAAAUCAGCAAGAGAAGGAAAGGUCUGUGGAUUUAAACUUUCUUCCAUCAGUUGAUCCUGAAACAGUUCUACAGACAGGGCAUGAAUUACUGUCCGAAUUACAGCAGCGUCGAUUUAAUGGCUCAGAUGGAGGGGUCUCAUGGUCUCCUAUGGAUGAUGAACUGCUUGCACAACCACAGGUUAUGAAAUUAUUAGAUUCACUUCGAGAACAAUAUACUCGCUACCAGGAAGUUUGUAGGCAGCGUAGUAAGCGCACACAGUUAGAAGAGAUUCAACAGAAGGUAAUGCAGGUUGUGAACUGGCUUGAAGGGCCUGGAUCAGAACAACUAAGAGCCCAGUGGGGGAUUGGAGACUCCAUUAGGGCUUCCCAAGCUCUGCAGCAGAAGCACGAAGAGAUCGAGAGCCAGCACAGUGAAUGGUUUGCAGUAUAUGUGGAACUCAAUCAACAAAUUGCAGCACUCUUGAAUGCUGGGGAUGAAGAAGAUCUUGUGGAACUAAAGUCAUUGCAGCAGCAGCUUAGUGAUGUUUGUUAUCGACAAGCCAGUCAGCUGGAGUUUAGGCAAAAUCUGUUACAAGCAGCUCUUGAAUUUCAUGGGGUUGCCCAAGAUUUGUCUCAGCAGUUGGAUGGCUUAUUAGGGAUGUUGUGCGUAGACGUAGCACCAGCUGAUGGAGCAUCGAUUCAGCAAACUUUAAAGCUGCUUGAAGAGAAGCUGAAAAGUGUUGAUGUGGGAUUGCAAGGGUUACGUGAAAAAGGUCAAGGUCUUUUAGAUCAGAUCUCCAAUCAGGCAUCUUGGGCCUAUGGAAAGGAUGUAACCAUUGAAAAUAAAGAAAAUGUGGACCACAUACAAGGAGUGAUGGAAGAUAUGCAGCUUAGGAAACAAAGAUGUGAAGACAUGGUAGAUGUGCGAAGGUUAAAGAUGCUUCAGAUGGUGCAGUUGUUUAAAUGUGAAGAAGAUGCUGCCCAGGCAGUAGAAUGGCUAAGUGAACUUCUGGAUGCACUACUUAAGACCCACAUCCGAUUGGGUGAUGAUGCUCAGGAAACAAAAGUUUUGCUGGAGAAGCAUAGAAAAUUUGUUGAUGUUGCACAGAGCACUUAUGACUAUGGAAGACAGUUGCUACAGGCCACGGUUGUGCUAUGCCAGUCGUUGCGCUGCACUUCUCGAUCCUCUGGGGAUACGCUUCCUCGACUGAACAGAGUGUGGAAACAGUUUACAGUAGCUUCUGAAGAGAGAGUACAUAGGUUGGAAAUGGCUAUUGCAUUUCACUCAAAUGCCGAAAAGAUUUUGCAAGACUGUCCAGAAGAGCCUGAAGCUAUUAAUGAUGAGGAACAAUUUGAUGAGAUUGAAGCAGUUGGGAAAUCACUUUUGGAUAGAUUAACUGUUCCUGUAGUUUAUCCUGAUGGAACUGAACAGUACUUUGGGAGUCCAAGUGACAUGGCUUCUACUGCAGAGCACAUCAGAGACAGGAUGAAACUAGUUAGUCUUAAAAGGCAGCAGCUGAGACAUCCUGACAUGGUGACCACAGAAAGCUAAUAGCUACCAGAUCCCCACAGAUCUACAGUUCAUAAUCCCGCAUGUGGCUGGCAUACUGUACAGCAUUAGACAAAAUACAUUAAGAUACAUUUCACAGCCAAGAUAAGCCUCAUUUCUUCUUAUCAUACAUUUUUCUCUAAACGUUAACACCUUGCAGCUACUAAGGCAUAAUUAUUUAACAGGCUUUGAGACCAUAGACUCCAAGUAUCUUAAAAGAAAGAACUGUAAACGUUGCACUGAAAACUUGCUUUAAAGCUUUAUCUGACUGACAGUUUAUAGAUGAACAACUGAUAGUAAGCUUGGAAUGGUGCUAAUAAAAGUUUAGGAGCUCUCUAUAGAAAAAAUGGUUGCCCUUCCUCCCCAGGUGAUGUAGUAAAUUUAGACUGUGGCUUCAACUGUUAUUAGUAGACAGUGGUGUCCUCGAAAUUUUACUGUGUAAUUUUUCUUCAGAAUUGAUUAUUUUUAUUGUGUUAAUAUGGAGAAACCCUUCAGAUCUUUGAUAUAUCAUAUUCAUGAAGAGACAUUUUCCUAUUUGUAUUGAUAAUGUAUUAAAAAGUUGUGCUUAAUAAAAGAUCUUUUAAAUAUCU